ACGUUCCCGCACCUCCUUUCGAUCUCGUACCUGCUUUUGACGUUCCCGCACCUGCUUUCGACGUUCCCGCACCUGAUUUCGAUGUGCCUGCACCUGCUUUCGACAUUCCCGCACCUGCUUUCGAUCUCGUACCUGCUUUUGACGUUUCCGCACCUGCAUUUGACGUUCCCGCACCUGCUUGCGAUGUUCCCGCACUUGCUUGCGAUGUUCCCGCACUUGCUUGCGAUGUUCCCGCACUUGCUUGCGACGUUCCCGCACCUGCUUUCGAUGUGUUUUCGCGUCUGUUUUAUGUUUCAAUUACCUGCAGUUUCAAUCUGUAUGGGCACUCCCAGUGUAAUACCUAACAAUAUGAUCAUAUUUUAUGUUAUCUGAGCAUAUUCCGAGACCCUAGUGUGAAGUGUGC